UGUUAGCUGUGCAGAGCCGUUCCUUUUGUGCAACUUAUUGUGUGUUUUCCACUACAGCAGUUAUAGUGAGAGUUUUCACCAUGGUGUACAAGUGCUGUGUUCCUCGCUGUAACGGGAAUUAUGCAAAUGGACCUAAGGUCCAUGUGUUUUCGUUUCCUAACGACGAACCUUCGUCGUAAGUGGAUUGCCGCCAUUCACAGGGAUGCAUUUUCACCAACCAAGUAUUCCAAAGUAUGUGAACUACACUUUCCAAAAGAGGAUGUUCUGAAACAUACAGAGUGCUUUGACGAGACAACUGGACGGAAAAUAGUGGCUCCACUCUACACACCGCGACUUAGAGCUCAAUCUGUGCCAUCAAUUUUUCCCAACUGUCCUCAAUACCUGACAGUGGUACAGAAUAAACGAGAAGACCCAGAGGCAAGAAGAAUAAGAUUGGACAACAGCGCUGUGUCUGCUGCAAUAUCUGAAUCCUUGUGUACAUAUAAAAUGUUUGAGGAAAGGAGAAGAUUCACAACAUUUAGCGAACUUAUGGACUGUUUGGAACGGGAAACAUUUAGUGAAUGUUGGACUGUGGUUAAGAAAAAGGAAUGUGUGUUAUUUGCUUUUAUUGACACUUCAAAUUUUGUGCCAUUUUUAUCAGUGUCCGCUUGUAUAACAUGCGAUUUAGAGAUAAAUGUUUUUAAAGAACAAACAGCCUUAAAAACUGUAGGGAGUCACAUUUUUCCGAAAAAGAUUCAGGAUAUUGGUCAAGUGAAUAAUAUUUUGGAACUACUACUGUCCAUAAGUGCCAAUGUUCAAAGUACACAGGACAACAUUAAUAUAAUCUGUGAUGUGUUGCAAAACGUUAGUAAAGUUACAGAAGGAAAAGAGAGAAAUAUAGAAUUUCUAAUGGAACAAGUUAGGCUGUUGCCUGUAGCCCAAGAACGCUUGAGGUAUUCUCCUGAAUUUAUUGUUUUUUGUGCCAUAUUAUUUUCAAUUUCCCCACAUGCAUAUAGGUUUAUGAGAAAGUCUCAUUACAUGUCUGUGCCACAUCCUCGUACACUUCAGAAGAUAUGUUUAAAGUUUGGUGCAAGCCCUCAGAAGGAACAGGUGGAAGACAACUUUCUUGCUUAUGUUAAACAGAAGUUUAGUUAUUUAAAGACAGAGGACCAUGUUGUCUCAUUAAUGAUAGAUGAGAUGCACAUCAAACCAUACUUGGACUAUAAGGGAGGCAAUAUUUUAGGAACUGCAUUCAAUGGUACCACUGCAGCUAGCUCUGUAUAUGUUUUCAUGAUCCAGAGCCUUUUGUCUUCAUUUAAAGAAGUUGUACAUAUUCUUCCUGUAAACACUCUUCAGGCAUGUGAUCUUUUUACAUAUGUCAAAAAUGUUAUAACAGGCUUGCACAGUAUUGGUUUCAAAGUGAUUUGUGUUGUGACUGAUAACAAUUCCAUAAACAGAAAAUGUAUGGCAUAUUUCUCAACACCACCAAAAAAGAGUGUGGUUUAUCCCCAUCCUUCAGACCCUAGUUCACCAUUAUUUUUUAUCAUUAAUAGUGUGCAUGUGUUGAAAUGCAUUCGGAACAAUUGGAUCAACCAGAAAGAUGCCCAGCAGGUCCUCACAUAUCCCAAUUUUGAAAACAUGGACAAAACUUUGGCAUUAAAAAUUGCUUCAUUUUCUACUCUGAAGAAACUCCAUGCCUUGGAAAGUAAAACAAUCAUUAAGUACUCCUAUGGCUUGUGUAUGAAAUCUCUCUGUCCAUCUAAUUUUGAAAGGCAGAAUGUAAAAUAUGCAUUAAAUGUUUUCAAUCCAUAUGUUGUACAGGGGCUUCUCACUUUAGGUGAGGAACACAACCUUUAUGAAUAUCAGAGUACUGCAGAUUUUAUUACUUUAAUUGAAAACUGGUGGUCAGUGGUGAAUGUACAAACAAAAUACAAAGGUGAACGUUUGAAAAAUUCACUUAAGCAUCCACUGACUGUGACAGGAGAUGAGGAUAAUUUCUUGUUUCUGAAUAAAUUUUUGAACUGGCUAGAUGUUUGGGACCAGAUGGGGUUAAAGUACAACUGCCUUACACGAGACACCCACUGGGCACUAUCAAACACCACUCAUGGUCUAAUUGAAAUGGCCAAGUACUGUAUUAAUGAACUUGGCUUCAAGUACUUUUUGCCAGGUAAAAUACAGACAGAUGCUCUUGAGGCAAGGUUUGGCAAUUACAGAACAUAUGCAGGUUCACAAUACUUAGUAUCACUGAGACAAGUCUUUGAAACUGAAUGUAAGAUAAGACUUCAACACCUCCUUCCAUUGCAAUCCAGUUUCUUUGGGAAUAUAACUGUUUCUCUUACAGAUACUGAUGAACAAAAUCUCCCUACAUUUCCAGUUGAUCUGGAAACCACUACUGGAUCAUCGAUAUCUACUGUUAGUGACACAAUUCACAUUGAAUAUUCACCUACAGAUGUGAAGGAGGUGGAGAAACUGCUUCCUCUUCUUACAUAUUUAUCUGGAUAUUGUACUCGGAUUGCUCUAAAGAGACUUAAGUGUGAAUUUUGUGCUUCAGUCAUGGUUUUGGACAGGGGAGCAUUGCCUGAAAACAGUGCUUGUAAUAAUACUUUAAUAGCAGCUAUGGACAGGGGAGGCCUGCUGUACCCACACUUGGAUAUGGUGAAUGCUGUCAUGUACAACUACAUAACAGUACUGAAGUUAAUUGAAAGUAGUAGGGAGACAGCAUUCCUGAGACACAGCAAUCAGAGAGAGCUUGUAAUUCAUUUGACAACUAGCAGGGUAAACACAUUAGGUUUCUUCCUACCACACUUCACUUGUAAAAAAGGACACUGUAAAGAUAGAGUACUAAGUGAGCUGUUACUUGUUUCUACAAAUAUUCUCCUCAAUGAUUAUGUGAAAAAAUUUAAUGAAUGUAGUAAUGCUAAAAAGAAGAGGAAAGUACAGACAUUAAGUUAAGAAAUAUAUGGGCAAUUCCAUAAUUACGGGUGUUUCAUGGACACACCUUAAAAUCAGGAAAAAUAAUGUAAUGAAAAAUAUUUAUUGAAUUUAAUAUUGAAAACUUUUAAGGCUUACAUUAUAUUUCAUGUUAGAAAUGUUGAUACUGGAAUUGUUUUAUUGUUCUCCUGGUUAUCAGUCAAAAAAUUAGUGUUACAGGUGUUACCAAAAGUAGAUCCGGCCCCUGUUAUGAGUUAGGGAAUUCUCUAAUUUCUGCAUACUUGAUGAAACUUUUAUUCUUGUAAAACAACUGUUAAGAGGUAUUGCCCCAAAUUUUAUUUUGAAAUAUAAAUUUUUAUUUUUUUGGACAUCAUAACUCAGUGUGUGUGUGUAUAUAUAUAUAUAUAUAUAUAUAAGGAAAUUGGUAUUGUAGUCUAUUUGGAAUAAAAGUAUGUACUUAAGAAAACAUAUUUGAAGGAUAACGCUAUUUAUUACACAAAAAAUUUUGUUACAGUUUUAUAGUACAACUAGGCCAAGAUAUCCUUACUUACCUAACAUUUACCUCAUUUUGUAGGCCUAGUCAUUUUAAGACAAAAAUGUUUUCUUAUUAUUGAUAGGUUUAAAAACUUCAUUUAAUAAUCUUUUUCAGCAACAUCCAACUCAAAAUUGAACUCUUAGUACAAACGGUAACCUUGUUGUUUGAUUUCUGGUGUUGUUAUCUUAGAUGGUACUUGACUGAAUUUCACAAAACAAACAUCAGUUUCAUCUAGUUUAAAAAGUGUUUUACUUUUUCCUACUGACUUCAGAAACACUAUUUUCACAACCUCCUCUUCAUCAACCUCACUCUGGCAGAUUCCCAAGUAACGGUAUUGAAUUUUGGAUAGGGUUGGCUUCUUUUUGUCACUUGGAAUGUCAACCAAGACAAAUAACCCAAAUUUUAAAUCAGACUUUUCAAUUUUAUUAGUUAGGCUUAACUCACAAGCACUUCCAAUAUUGUCUUGUGAUUCAGAUAGUGAAACAGUCUCCUGAUCAGAAUCAUCAGAACUGCACACUUCAUAGAAGUUUAUGCAUCUUUUUGCAUGUAAUGUUUUAACUUUGGCCUCCUCAGUAAUAAAUACUGACACCCUUGUCAUUAAUGACUCUCCUGUUUUUGAAACCAGCAAAUCAGUUGUGUUAUAAGGCUGAAAGUGAUGCAGCCCUGGAUUUUGAGGAAUCGCUUGUAAAUUUUUCCACCUUUCAUCCAAAAUAGGAAUGUUAUGCUCCACUGCUAUCUUACCAACACAUAGUGCCUUACUUUUAGAAAAAUUCUUCAGAGUGUAGUCAUAAAAGUCAAUUGGGUUGUUAAUAAUAACUUUCCUAGAUCUAACAGCUGUCCACACACUUCUCUUCAGUGCACCUCCAAUGCCAUCCAUGGCUCCUUUACCAUGUGAACUGGCAAAAAAAUUCCACUCAACUGUCAAUCCAAAGUCUCUCUCAAAAUAACAUAGAUUGGACAAAGUAUAUUUAUUUUUGAACUCUUAACUUUAGGAAACGCUUUUUUAAUAUCUGUUAUAACAGUUUUAAGAAAAGUGCACACAGAAUAUAUUCUGUGUGAAAGGUCGUUACUGAUGACUGCAUAGGAUCUGACUUCAUGGUUUGCAAACCAAAUCCAGAAAGUGCAAAUAGUUACUUGUGUAGUGUGCACUCUGUACCUCAUCUUGUGAAAUUAAAGCAUAAUUCUCUGCAAAGUCCAUUUGAAGAGAGAUUAGAAAUCCUGAUAAUGUAGGCCUAUUAAUGUAUAAACAUAACACUGUGCAGAGAGAUAAAAGUAAAACACAUUGUUAAACAUAGGCUCUUAUGAAUGACUAGAAUUUGCCACAAUAAGCAGUUUACUGGGCCUAUAUAAAAUUUAAAACUUGGGUUAGCAAUAUUGUUGUUCUUGGAAAAGUUAGAAUGGAAAACAAACUAUAUGUAAUCUAAAGAAUUUUGGGCUUAAUUAACUUUUUAGGAGAACGUCAGCUGAGUCAUGUUAAUGCCCUAAUUAACUUUUAUAAUUUAGGUGUAGUGCUUAAACAAAUGUAUGCAGAGGAAUAAAAAUUUUAGUUUUCAUGCUUAAAACUGUUUUCAUAUGUAAUAAACAUAGUUAAAAAACUUUUUUCAUUCAUAAUAAUACCCUUUGGUUAUAAUUUAAAUAUAGGGCCCACGCCUACUAAAGAUGAAGGUGGCAUUAAACCUUCCAAUUCAAGUUACGGGUGUUACGCAUGUUUUAAGUAACAACCGAAACAAAAAUUAGUAACACCGGUAACAGCUCUAAGAGUGUUAAAUAAGAUUUCAAAAUGCCACGUAAUGAUAUGAUAUGAUAUUGAAAAAACACGUGCAUAACCUCACUUUUACAGAAAGGUAUUGUACAGAAGAAAUUUACUAGAUUAGAUAUUAAACUGUUGUAUCUUUUUUGCUAUGGGUGUUACAAGCUGCAUAUAUAUUAUAAAACUAAUAAAAUAAAGAAAUCCAAUUAGCUUACCUCAACAAAAAGAAUUAUUAUGAGCUAUAACAAUGUUGACUUCAAUAUUUUUUUGCAACAAUAGAACAUUCAGCCAUAGACAACACAACUCAUACUCAUUUCGAAAUAGCAUAAAACAUACCUCUCUGUGGUGCCAUAGAGUAGUGCACUUUAAACACUUAGUGAAGGUAGAAAUUUCAUUUUUUCAUAUUCAUGAUUAUUUUACAAUGAACAAAUGUACUUUUAACUUGGCAUUUUAAGGUUAUAUUUGUAAUAUUGUCAUUUUAAUUUUUUUUGUCACAAAGUCUCUUUAACAUGGAA